UGAAAAAGAGGAUAAAAAGGCGCUGAAGAAAUGGGAGUACUAACUUGGAACGGCAGCGACGCAACUACCUUCGUUCUUGAUUCUUGAAGCUCUCAUCAAUGGCGUUUCAACUCCGAAUCAAGAUCGGACUCCAUGGCUAUGUUGCUCUCCUCAUGCUUUCGUUUUUCUUCAACAAAAACUCCAUUGUCACCUCCAUUCCAACGCAAGAACUCGAUGCAAUGCUCUCCAUUGUCAGAGCACGAGGCUACAACCUCUUCUCCAACGCCAUAACCACUUCCGACCUCCAACUUGACCUCCUCGCCGCCGCCGACAAUGCCUCCUUUACCCUCUUCGCUCCCACCGACUCUUCUCUCUUUGCCCUAGCCAUGACUCAGUCCGCCUCCGUCUACACCGCGACUCUCCGCUACCACGGCCUCCCUCGCCGACUCUCUGUUUCGGAUCUCAACAGCUUGCCAUCUCAGGUAGCGAUUCCGACUCUUCUUCGCUCGCAGUACGUUUCUGUUACUCGCUGCCACCGCGGAUCUCGCUCUGACGCCAUUUCCGUUAACGGCAUCAAUGUCGUUCUGCCUGGAUUGUACUACGGUCGUCACGUUGUGGUCCAUGGCUUGGGAGGUAUUCUCAGUCUCCAUUCUCAGAACGGAUAUACGUACGGUUCUCCUCCUCCUCUUUCGCGGUUUCGCCCUAGCGGUCCAAGGAGCUUUCCGCCUCAAAUCGAUCUCGGUUCCAACGAAAACAGAGAUUUCACAGUUUCGCCUGCUGAUCGCUCAAUCGACCAGUCGCCAGUUUCACCGCCAAUUAGUCCGAGUAGUUUUUCAAACAAAACUGUAGAUCUUCCUUUCAAUCGCGUAUUUCUUGGUCCUGCGUCAGAGCAACCGAAUUUCCCGGUCGAAUCGCCGGCGAUUUCUUCGCCAUCAGUUAGUCCUGGAUAUCCGCCGACGAUUUCAAGUGAUUUAACUCCGACGAUGCAAAAUGAGAACACAGUGACACCGACACCGACGCCGUUGAUCAGCGGCGAGGAAGCCAGCGAUUCGGGGAGGAUGAUGAAGUCGGAAGACGAUAUGACGGGAAGAACAGUGGAGGAGUACGAGCCAUUGGAUUGGAUGAGUUUAGGAUUCGGCGAAAGAAAUUCAGACGAUAUUGAUGUUGAAGACAGUCAUCCUCGUCCGAAUGAGGCGCGGCGUCUUUGAAUUUUUCAUGGACAUGGAAUGAAAUCUCUCUGUUGGUCGCGCAGAUAUCAGAUUGCAAACGGUACUGAUUUUUUUUCUUCUUCAUUCUUCCAUUUGCAGCUUUCAAUGGAAAAUGAAUUCGGUUUUUGAUCUGCGUUCG